GGCGGCGGGUAAGGCGGCGGACAGACAGAAAGCACCGGCAGGGAAGAAGGUGGGUAAGGGCGGCGGCAGCAGCAGCAUCCAGAGGAGCGUGGAGACGGGCAUGGCGGUGGAGUACCCGCGGGGAGGGUCGGCCAUGAACCGGCAGGCCAGCAGAGAGUCGACCGAUGGCAGCAUGAACAGCUACAGCUCUGAGGGGAAUCUGAUCUUCUCAGGUAUGCGGUUGGGCGCCGACAGUCAAUUCAGUGACUUCCUGGACGGUUUAGGCCCCGGUCAGCUGGUUGGCCGGCAAACACUGGCCACGCCUGCCAUGGGUGAUGUUCAGAUCGGUUUGAUGGAUAAGAAAGGUCAGCUGGAGGUGGAGGUGAUCAGGGCUCGAGGCCUUACCUCCAAACCAGGCUCCAAAUCCCUCCCAGCUCCCUACGUCAAGGUGUACCUGCUGGAUACUGGAACUUGUAAAGCCAAAAAGAAAACCAAGAUUGCACGAAAGACCCUGGAGCCACUCUACCAGCAGCACCUGCUCUUCGAGGAGAGUCCCCAGGGCAAGGUGCUUCAGGUGAUAGUAUGGGGUGACUAUGGACGAUUGGACCACAAAUGCUUCAUGGGUGUAGCACAGAUCUUAUUGGAGGAGCUGGACCUCUCAAGCACGGUGAUUGGCUGGUACAAACUGUUUCCACCAUCCUCAUUGGUGGACCCUACAUUAGCCCCGCUCACGCGACUGGCGUCUCAGACGUCACUGGACAACUCAGGACCGCCACACGGCGUUCGGUCGUAGUGACCGAGUGGCGACCGCAUUCCCCCCUCCCUUCCCCUUUCAAUAUCCCUUAAAUGACAAAAUAAUGGACCACA